CUUAAAUUCUUGAAGAGUGACUCAAAGUUUGGUACUUGCGUCUCACAAAUCAUACAGGUAAACACCACGCGAAGAGACAGAGGCAGUCAACAAGCUGCAAUAGCAGUUGGUGGUCUGUUGGUAACAAACUUAACUCACGCCGCGUGUUGCGUGACACGGAGCCUAUGAAGUAGUACUGAAAAUAUUCCAGAGUGAGGCCCCAAAUGGACACGUUUUCGAUUAAGGGGGAGCCUGGCCAAAUUCGGCAGUCGCAGUGUCAGGCACUACAGUAGGAAAUACACUCACCACAGGACCAGGAUUAUUGCUUCGUUUUUAUGUUGUCUUGCGCUUCCUUUGCCCUUCUGGCGUUCGUGCUCGGCAGUGGAGUCUCCUGUGUUGGGGGGUUAAGGAGAAGCCGCACAAUCGUUUCCGCAAGCCGGGGACGAUUUGCUAAUGCCGUGCGAUCGUUUAACGGCAACUAUUGUAUACACCGUAUGCUUGACGGCGCUUGCCUAAAGUGCGCACACUUUCAACCGAUACUACGCGCUACCUGAUAUUGUCACCGCGCAAAAUUGCAAGAAGCGGGUUCUACUUAUCAACGGCUGUUGGGUGAGGCAGGGUUGCAGACUUUGCAGCUGAGGUGAUCGUGGGCGAAGACGAUCAAAGUCGGUAGCUAUCACGCUGGUCGAGCCGGAACUGUCCGCACCUGCAACUCGGUACUUGCUACUGCUGCUGGGCUGCUUCGGAGAGUAGAGCCCUGCUGCUGCUACCACCAGCUGGGAAUUCUAGCAGACGGUCGGACGACCGAUCCUCGAUUAAGUGGGACGAAAAGGACUGACAGCACCUUGGGAGAAAGUGAAGGAUAGGCUUCGUCUUGCUCGAAGGUCUACUGGCAAGCACCAUCUGACAUUAUUGACGAGCUUUAUUGGCGUCAAGCAAGGGCUGCAUAUAUAUAUUGAUACUAAAAGAUUGAUAUGAAUAGAAUGAAACGCAAUUUUAUUACGUACUUUUCAGGACGGAGAAUGAUGCAAGUUACAGUUCAAUCUAGAAACACCCUACCUCACAGCUCCCACCAUCGUUACGUGAUCGACUCCUGAGUCAACGGCUGACGAAAUGACUAAUGGGUUCAGCGCCAGUCUUGUUUACACACAAAAAUACGUAUCAGCAGCGCAAAAUCGUUGUCGCGUUCUCGCAUUACCAAUUUUGCGUCUGAGGCUGAGGUAUCUGGCGGCGAGGAAGUAUCUCAUCAACAACAUACUCAUGAUGACAAUGGCACUGCCAGUAGCUUCUUGGAAUUUCGUUUGUGUCCACUUAGCCGGAUGGUUGACGAACCGGCUUUGUCUGAUUCUUUGUUUAUGUCAUAUGACUCGCCGCACAGCACCAGGCCAUCAAUGUAUGUACUGCAUCAGGAUUUGGACAAUGGCUCUGACCUUGACUAAUAUCAUUGUUGCGAAAUCUCACAACUAAUUUAAAACGAUCUUCGUUUAUCUCGACGUCUGCUAUUGAAUCAAUCUUAACUUUUCGUCGUGCAUAUGUCAAAAUAAAAAUAUAGCACACAGGCGUAGAGGAUGUGGUGGAUGUACAACAAAAAGACCGAGGCUGACGAACAUAACUAAGUAUAAAUAGGCUUACAGCAUAUGUACGACACCUAAAGAUGUCGCAAUCAAUCAUCUGGUAGGCAUAGCAUACAAUAUGGAUAUCAUCACAUAUGGAGAGAUUGUAAGAAGCUAUUUUUCACUUAGGUCAAAUAUUAAUAAUAUACUCGUCACAGCAGCCAGCAGUCGCGGAGCAAGGCACGCAAUAUUGCGCACACACUUAGUACCACGUGGCGAUUUUGUUAAACAUGCAUUGCGUCAUAUUCCCACAAUAAUGAGUCUUAUUUACAUUGCUAACUAUAUCAGAUGCUAUGUACACGAUAUCUCAUCUUUCCAGAUGUGGUUUGCUUACGUAAAAGCGAGAAAGC